ACAAGUUACAGAUUCGACUGACGCUUAAUUUUUUAAUUCAUAAAAGGCGUUUUUCAAAACUAUCAGUAUAAAUACGUUGAUCAAUUAAAAAAGUUGUUAUAAUUUUAAGAGCAAAGGACAUGAGCAUAUUCAGCUUAGUGCUUUUCGCCACCAGUUUAGCUGUGGCUUGGGGGGAUGAGAAAUACAUUGUUCCGACUAAGCAGGGGAAAGUUGAGGGUAGUUUAGCAUCUAACGGAUUGUACUGUGAGUUCCUGGGGAUCAGAUAUGGCGUGCCUGUUAAAUUUAAGGCACCCCUGGAACCGCCUUCUUUCUCUGACGUGUACAAGGCGGACUCCCGCGCCGUCCUUUGCCCCCAAUUCCCCUCCAACGACCCCCUCGCCGCCCCCAGCGAUAACGAAGACUGUCUAGUCCUCAACGUCUUCACCCCCUCCCCCGUCACCGGUCUGAACACCACCCUACCCGUCAUGGUCUUCCUUCACGGCGGCGGCUUUGGCGUCGGAGCUGCCUCCCCAUCCUUCUACGGACCUCAAUACCUGGUCAGCCAUGGAGUUGUCGUCGUCACGCUUAACUACAGACUUAACGCUUAUGGUUUCCUCAAUCUAGGCAUUGAAGAUGCACCAGGGAACGCUGGAUUAAAGGAUAUCAGACAGGCGUUAAGAUGGAUUAAGGAGAACAUACUUAACUUCGGUGGGGACGUCGAUAAUGUAACAGUUUUCGGACAAGGUAGCGGUGGAACUGCGGCAUUAUACUUAACAUUAUCAGAGUCUACAAAAGACCUGUUCCAUAGAGUGAUUUGUGAGAGCGGUACGCUGUUCUCUCCUGAAUCUUUCGACCAUGACCCCUUAGCUACUGCAAGUCAAGUCGCUAAAUCCUUGGAAGUUAUCAGCACAGAUCCAGAGAAACUACUUACACUAUACACUGAUACAGCCGUCAUGAAAGUUGAAGAAGCUAUAUCUAAACAGAUGCAUCCAAAAUUUGUCUUCGUUCCGUCAGUUGAGAAGCUAUUUGAUGGUGAAGAGGCAUUUUUGACUGAUAUUCCUUUCAAGAUCUUGACAGAUGGGAAGAAACACAAAUCGUUCAACCCAGUGCCUAUCAUCAUUGGCUUGAACACAGUGGAAGGUUUGAUAAGUACUUUAGAUUACAAUACGAUAACCAGCCAAAUGGAUAGGAUAAAGAAUGAGGAUUACUCCGCUCUUGACCAACGCUCUCUGAUAGUUCCUGAUGAAGAAAAAGAAGAAUUCAGGAGCAUUAUGAAGGAGACUUAUUUUACUAACGUAACUUCGGAUGAAGCUUUAAUAGGAGGGCUUAUAAACUGCAACUCUGAUUUCUCAUACACUGGACCUAUGUCCUUAUUCUCUGAGUUGUAUGUGAACGCGUCUGGUCUACCAGUGUAUGAGUUUAUCUUCAACUAUAUAGGGAACAGGAACUUGGGACGACUGCUGACGAAUAGCAGUCUGCCAGCAACCGCUAACCGAGACGAGCUGUUCUAUAUCUUCGAGCUGGAGAGGCUACCGCUACCUAUGGACGAGAAUGAUGCAAGGAUAGUGACGUUUAUGACGAUGAUGUGGACAAACUUCGCUAAAUACGGCUCUCCAACCCCAGACCCGGCCAGUGGCGAGUGGCUGCCCGCCCCCCACCACCUGGAAAUCAACCUGGAGCCCCAAUACGUAGCCCCCCUCACCCCGGACCGGGCGUACUUCUGGCGGGCCUUCUUCUAUAAAUUCGGGAAAGGGGACAGUGAGUGAGUGGCCAAUUAGAUCCACUUGGCUACCGGGUCCAUUGAGGGCUGACCUCGGACCUGAUAGAAUGAAAAAGUGUGGAUCUAAUAGGCCCUUGCGUUAAAACUGAGCACGAAUUACCUAU